AAGCACAAAAGCCUUCAGCAGCAGACGGAGCUGCUUAAUAACCUUCGCGAUCAAAUACGAAAUCUGGACUAUGAGAUCCUGUCCGAGGAGGCUAAGCUCGGCGAUUUUAAGCGGUCUUCAACGAAGAAUUGGAUGAUGUUGAAGUUUGGAGGACUUUUGGAAUGUGCUGAGAAAGCGACUAUUGUCGCAGAAAUGGGAAAACUAGCUAUUGAGGAAAUUCCUCUCGAUGUCACGCAACCGGGUCAGCCCAGAAGUUUCUAUACCGGCCACGAUAAAACGGAGAAACUUGUAAUUGAAGCACAGCGGUGCAUUUCCGAGAUCGUAUUCGAUCCUCAACUAUCCGCACCAUUGGCCCUAGGC